UACAUCUUGUUCUGUAGAGUUGAAAUUAGAACAGCUAAAUGGUGUCGGAGAAAGAGGAAGGCAAUAACAGAGCUACCAUUUUGGGCAUUGGCACCGCCGUCCCACCCAACUGUGUCUACCAAACCCAAUUUCCCGAUCUCUAUUUCAGCCUCACCAACACCCAACACAACACACUCUUGAAACAAAAGCUCCAACGUAUUUGCGAGAAGUCGGCGAUAAAAAAACGUUACUUCCAUUGGAACGAAGAGAUAUUAAAGGCAAACCCUAACAUGUGCAAAUAUGGUGCUCCAUCGUUGGACGCUCGCCUGAAAAUGAUGGCGGAAGAAGUCCCUAAACUAGGAAAAGAAGCAGCUCUCAAAGCCAUUCAAGACUGGGGCCAACCCAUCUCCACAAUCACACAUCUCAUCUUCACCACAUAUUCUUCCAAUUCCAUGCCCGGACCCGACUUCCAUCUCUCCAACCUCCUCGGCCUCCGCCCCUCCGUCGGAAAAUACAUGCUUUUCCAGCUCGGCUGCCACGCGGCCGCCACCGCCCUCCGCCUCGCCAAGGACGUCGCCGAGAACAACUCCGGCGCUCGUGUUCUCGUCGUGUGCGUGGACUCCACCACCAUCGGCUUCCACGCCCCGCCCGAUGAACACGUCGACAUGUUGGUCGGCCCGGCCAUCUUCUCAGACGGGGCCGCUGCCGUGGUCGUUGGCGCCGACCCGGAUGCCGCCGUGGAACGAGGGCUGUUUCAAAUAGUCUCGGCCGGGCAGACAGUGGUCCCGGACACCGAAGAUGAUGGAGUCCAUGCCAGCAUCAAAGAAAUGGGUUUGGUCUACCAUUUGUCACGAAACAUACCAAAACACAUUGGCAGAAACAUCGAGAAAUGCUUGGCUGGCGCUGAGUGUGAUUACAACUCGUUGUUUUACGUGAUUCAUCCGGGGGGUCGUGCAAUUCUUGAUGAAAUUGAGAAGAAUCUUGGACUGGGAGAAGCCAAAUUGGAAUCCAGCAGGCAGGUGCUGAGUGAGUAUGGGAACAUGGGAGGCCCCACUGUGGUGUUUGUUUUGGAUGAGAUGAGGAACAAAUCCAUUCGACAAGGGAAGAGCACCACUGGCCAUGGAUUCGACUGUGGUGUGCUUAUGGCUUUCGGGCCAGGCCUCACCAUUGAGACUCUCAUCUUGAAAAGUGUCCCCAUAGUUUAAAGCUUUGCCAACUGCUGUGUGAGAUUGGUGCUAUCAACUGCCGGAAUAAGUUUAGUUGUGUUGUUGAGUUUCUCGUGGUAUUUUUAUUGGCAUGUAUAUUUGUUCUAAUAUUUGUGUCCUUGAUCUCAGGUCGUGAGAUCUAUAUUUUCCCUUCGGACCAAAUAAAAAUAAAAUAAAUGUUGUUGAGAUCAU